AUGGCGGAUUCAGAUAAUGAAUCAGGAGGACACAACAACGCCCUGAGUGAGCUGUCUUCAAAGGAACAAGACAGGUUCCUGCCAAUUGCAAACGUAAGCAGGAUAAUGAAAAAAGCUCUGCCUGCAAACGCCAAGAUCUCAAAAGACGCAAAGGAGACAGUCCAGGAGUGUGUGUCGGAGUUCAUCAGCUUUAUCACAGGAGAGGCUUCAGACAAGUGCCAGAGAGAGAAGCGGAAGACCAUCAACGGUGACGAUCUGUUGUGGGCCAUGACGACGCUUGGGUUCGAGGAGUAUGUGGAGCCCUUGAAGAUUUACUUGCAGAAGUAUAGGGAGAUGGAAGGAGAGAAGAGUUCUAUGGGAAGACCAGCAGGGGAGAAGGAUGGUCCUGGAGGCGGUGGUGGUGCUGGGUCUGGUGGGAGUGGUGGUGGGGGUGGGGUUAAUUCUAGCGGCGGUGGAGGUGGAGGGUUUAAUGGUGGUGGCCAAGGGAUGUAUGGUGGGAUGAUGAUGAUGGGUCAUCACCAUCAAGGACAUGUGUACGGUUCUGGUGGGUUUCAUCAUCAAGAAUCAGAUCAGAGCAGGGUUUUAAUGCUUUUCUUUACUGUUGUCGGUAACUGUGGCAUCAUCAUUCAUGGGAGUUGGAAUUGGAGGAGUUUUGGAACUAAUGGAAUGGAAAUGACAGGCUUUCAGCUUCUUCUGACAGAAGAAAGAAAAGGAAAGGAGGUGUCUUAUUAUGAUAUGGCUGGUAAAGUUCUGCAGGAACGUGUAUGGAAACACCGUGAAAAGGGACAAGAAAAGGGAGGUUUGUUAAUUUCUCGUCUGUUUCCACCUUGA